CAGUAGCUCAGAUCUCUGGUAAGUGUAACAUGUGAGCAUUACUAGGCAUUUCAUUCUGCGGUGCUGCAGUCUUUGCUGUUCAGAUUGUUGCUCAGUUGGAAUGCUUCUGUGGGGCCAAUCCUGAAGUUCUAUAGAAAUUGUUUAAGGACCUACUCGUUUGGAGGUGUCAGUGGCGUUUUGCAAGAUCAUCUGAGUACCAGGGAAGCGUCUGAAAUCUACUGAAAAGGAUAACUGUAACGGUUUUCACAGUGGAAGGAAACUGUAUUGGCACCGAGGCAGAUGAUUGAAUAAAGUAGUUGGCUCAAAGAAGAUGCACAGUCUGCUGUUUUUUCCUCUGAAUGAAGACUAUUUAGUGGAAGCUGUAUUCAUGUGGAGAUCAAAGGAAACACUGGAAUGAUAAACUACUGGGUUUUUUUCUCUCUCUCUCUUUUUUAAAUGAAAAGCCUGAAGCAGUAAUUUGAGCUCAAAUGUCUUCUGAUUCCUUCUCGGCCUGCCUGUUCUAUUAGGAUUCCCGCUAGCACCAUUUCUGCCUGGUGCCUGUGCCCUUUUGCUGGAGCAGCCACAGACAACUGCCUGAUGAAGAAAGAAUGAACGCUCUGCCUUGCUUACGCUUUCGAUGGGAAUAAAGCUAUCUGUGUUUCCUCUAUUAUAUGGAAUAUCUGGAUUAAUCAAGCUGUAUUCUAGUACCAAGAGUCCUAUUGUCUCUUGUGAUCUGACUCAUCGCAUGUAAAUGUACUGCAGCUUUGCUAUUAAUGCAGAGUGUUGUGUUUUUUUCUUUCCCAAACAGAAAAAAUUGUCAACCUCUGAGCUGCAUUUAAAAAAUUUGUGCUGCGCUCUAGAUAUUUUUUCUUUUCUUUUUCUGGAUAGUGUCUGCAUUAAGCCAGUGAAGCUGAAGAAAUGAAGACAAAUUAGAAGUGGAAACAGAAUAAUGAGAGUUUAAUUUUAAUUUUCAAUUAUAAGCAAGCCAGCUACUGGUAACUAUAUGACCUUGCAGGCAAGAGUGGGUAUAACUGUAAUUAUCUCUGUCACAGCAGUUGUUUCUCAUUUCAUUCUGCAUUGCGUGGUGGUGUCACCCAAAACAAUGAUCUUUUUAUGCAAGUAAAUAUCUAUGAGACAGAGCAAUAUGACUAUUUUGGUAGAGGAAAAAUAUUUUUAAAUGAGCUUGUACUCAUUUUUAGUUAAUUGACAUGUUGAUGUGAAAUUUCUUUUAAGUAUUGCAAUCACCCAACAGAAAAUAACUGAAUCUUGUUGGUUUUAGGAAGUUAUAAGUUAUGUAGUCAUAAUUUUAAACUUCAGUUUUUCCGGUAGUACUUAUUAACUUUUAAAAAACCAGCUGCGCUGUUCAGAGAAUGAUUCUAAGUGUCAUACAGAAGAGGAGGAAAAACUACUUGUGCUCUUCCAACUGUGACUUUUAUCACAUAGCUGGGAAUCUAGUGUUUUAAAAGAGCGAAUGAGUCGAGUGUGUAUUGUUGUUUUGGAGGAGGUAGAAGAUGAAUCUCCUGCAUUCAUUUCUAAAUUGCCACAGGAAAAUAAAUCCCUACAUGCUCCAUCUUCUGGAAAUGUAUUGCCAUCACUGGUGCAAGCUAUAUUUAAUGGAGAUCCUGAUGAAGUUCGAGCACUAAUAUUUAAGAAAGAAGAUGUUAACUUUCAGGACAGUGAAAAAAGAACUCCACUGCAUGCUGCUGCCUAUCUUGGAGAUGCAGAGAUCAUUGAACUGCUUAUUUUAUCUGGAAGCAGUUCAGGUACUUUUGAAGCACUCUGCAGAUGUUAAUGCUCGAGACAAAAAUUGGCAAACCCCUUUACACAUAGCUGCUGCUAAUAAAGCCGUAAAGUGUGCUGAAGCUUUGGUACCUCUUCUGAGUAAUGUGAACGUGUCUGAUCGAGCAGGGAGAACUGCAUUACAUCAUGCAGCUUUCAGUGGACAUGGUGAGAUGGUCAAACUACUCCUGUCUAGAGGUGCCAAUAUUAAUGCUUUUGACAAAAAAGAUAGACGAGCUAUCCAUUGGGCAGCUUAUAUGGGUCACAUUGAAGUAGUAAAAUUACUUGUGGCACAUGGAGCUGAAGUGACGUGCAAGGAUAAGAAGUCUUACACACCUCUUCAUGCUGCAGCCUCUAGUGGAAUGAUCAGCGUAGUCAAGUACCUUUUAGACCUUGGAGUUGAUAUGAAUGAACCAAAUGCCUAUGGAAAUACACCUCUUCAUGUAGCCUGCUAUAAUGGACAAGAUGUUGUAGUGAAUGAACUUAUAGAUAGUGGUGCUAAUGUAAAUCAGAAGAAUGAGAAAGGAUUUACUCCUUUGCACUUUGCUGCUGCCUCAACACAUGGAGCGCUGUGCUUAGAGCUCCUGGUGGGCAAUGGGGCUGACGUCAAUAUGAAGAGCAAAGAUGGGAAAACCCCACUGCACAUGACUGCCCUCCACGGUAGAUUCUCCAGAUCACAAACCAUUAUCCAGAGUGGAGCUGUAAUUGACUGUGAGGAUAAAAAUGGAAACACCCCUUUGCACAUAGCAGCAAGAUAUGGCCAUGAACUGCUAAUCAACACUCUUAUUACAAGUGGUGCUGACACUGCAAAGCGUGGCAUACAUGGAAUGUUCCCCCUCCAUUUGGCAGCCUUGAGUGGUUUUUCAGAUUGCUGCAGGAAACUCCUUUCUUCUGGAUUUGAUAUAGAUACCCCAGACGAUAAUGGUAGGACCUGUCUCCAUGCAGCUGCAGCUGGAGGAAAUUUGGAGUGCCUAAACCUUCUGCUGAAUACUGGUGCAGACUUCAACAAAAAGGACAAAUUUGGGAGAUCUCCACUGCACUAUGCUGCUGCCAACUGCAAUUACCAGUGCCUGUUUGCUCUUGUGGGAUCAGGAGCCAGUGUGAAUGACCUUGAUGAAAGAGGAUGCACACCCCUGCACUAUGCAGCUACAUCAGACACAGAUGGCAAGUGCCUAGAAUACUUGCUAAGAAAUGAUGCAAAUCCAGGGAUCCGGGAUAAGCAAGGAUACAAUGCAGUUCAUUAUUCAGCUGCUUAUGGUCACCGUCUAUGUCUUCAGCUGAUUGCAAGUGAAACUCCUUUAGAUGUUUUAAUGGAAACCUCCGGAACAGACAUGCUGAGUGAUUCAGACAAUAGAGCAACAAUAAGUCCUUUACACUUGGCUGCCUAUCAUGGUCACCAUCAAGCACUGGAAGUGUUGGUACAGUCUUUGUUAGAUCUUGAUGUGCGGAAUAGUAGUGGAAGAACACCCUUAGAUCUUGCAGCAUUUAAGGGCCAUGUUGAAUGUGUGGAUGUACUCAUUAAUCAGGGAGCCUCAAUCCUAGUAAAAGAUUACAUUUUGAAGAGGACACCUAUACAUGCAGCAGCAACAAAUGGUCAUUCAGAAUGCUUACGACUACUAAUAGGAAAUGCAGAACCACAGAAUGCUGUAGACAUUCAAGAUGGAAAUGGACAGACUCCUCUGAUGCUGUCUGUUCUCAAUGGGCACACAGACUGUGUUUACUCACUGCUAAACAAAGGAGCAAACGUAGAUGCCAAAGAUAAGUGGGGAAGGACAGCAUUGCAUAGAGGGGCAGUUACAGGCCAUGAAGAAUGUGUAGAUGCAUUGCUUCAACAUGGUGCUAAGUGCUUAUUUCGGGAUAGUAGAGGGCGGACACCUAUCCACUUGUCAGCUGCCUGUGGACACAUUGGUGUUCUGGGAGCCCUUUUGCACUCAGCAGCAUCUGUGGAUGCAAAUCCAGCCAUAGCCGACAAUCAUGGAUAUACAGCACUUCACUGGGCUUGCUAUAACGGUCACGAGACAUGUGUAGAACUUCUUUUAGAACAGGACGUUUUCCAGAAGAUAGAAGGAAAUGCUUUCAGUCCAUUGCAUUGUGCUGUGAUAAAUGACAACGAAGGUGCUGCUGAAAUGCUCAUUGAUACAUUGGGUGCCAGCAUCGUGAAUGCCACAGAUUCAAAAGGAAGAACUCCUCUCCAUGCAGCCGCCUUUACAGACCAUGUGGAAUGUUUACAGCUGUUGCUCAGCCAUAAUGCUCAAGUCAAUUCUGUGGACUCUUCUGGGAAAACACCUCUCAUGAUGGCUGCAGAAAACGGACAAACAAACACAGUUGAGAUGCUGGUUAGCAGUGCUAGUGCAGAUCUGACUUUACAAGACAACAGUAAAAACACCGCCCUCCAUUUGGCUUGCAGCAAGGGUCAUGAAACUAGUGCCUUGUUAAUACUGGAAAAGAUAACAGAUAGAAACCUCAUCAAUGCAACCAAUGCAGCCUUGCAAACACCUCUGCAUGUUGCUGCCCGAAAUGGGCUAACAAUGGUGGUUCAGGAACUUUUGGGCAAAGGAGCAAGUGUGCUUGCAGUAGAUGAAAAUGGCUAUACCCCAGCUUUGGCCUGUGCUCCCAAUAAGGAUGUGGCUGAUUGCCUAGCUCUCAUUUUGGCCACCAUGAUGCCUGUCUCAUCAAGUAGCCCUUUAUCAUCCCUGUCAUUCAAUGCCAUUAAUCGUUACACCAACACCUCAAAAGCAGUCAGCUUUGAAGCCUUGCCUAUCAUGAGGAAUGAACCUAGCUCCUAUUGCAGUUUCAACAACAUUAGCGGGGAGCCGGAGUACUUAUACGCCGACGUGGACGAGCUCAAUGACUCCGAUUCAGAGACCUACUGAGAGGCUCAGCCGUGUCUAAGGAGAGAGUUCUGACACUAACACUUCAAACUGUGCUUUUCAGGAAAAGGGCACUUUCUUAUUCACAUACAAACUCAACCUAAGAGGAAAGAUCGCAGAGUGAGUGAAUAUAAGAAAUGUGACGACAUUAGGAAGAAGACUUUUAAAGGCAAGUUUUGCAAAAGGAGCCUAGAGUCUUGAAAUAGACUUGACCAGAGGAAAAUACUUUGGUGUCAGAUUGCUUUGUGGAAUUGUUUAAUUUGGUUUUGCAGUGCCAGGAAUAAUUUGGGACACUGUGCACCCUAAUCUGCUUACACAAGCAACACUAUUAUAAAAGAAGAGAUAAGGACACUAGAUUUAAAUGUUAUCAAUAGAACUACAAUUAAAUUUAAGGGCAAUAAAAGUUUGGUACAGUAGGCAUUAUGUGCACAGCAAUUGCCAAAGGACCAAAUAACUUAAAGGCUUUCUAGUAGAAUGCCAUUUGGUGGAAACUGGAGUAGGUGAAAUGAAACAUUAUCUAAACCAAACUUUGAUAUUCUGAAAAUGAAGCUGAGAUUUGGUUUUAAAUGUUGAUUUUAUUUUAUUUUUUUUUUUAGAGAAAACAUCUGAAAGCCUUUGAACCCUGUAUAAACCAUGAGAGAAAGCAGAUGUAUUUUUACAUUUUUUCUUUUACAUAAAAUUUUUAAAAUUCCAAGUUUUAUAAUAUUAGAAUUGAAAACCAGCUGACUGGGUGCAGUCAGGGUGAAAAUACUUGUGAUGCAGACAUGAGAUAGAUUGGGGUCAAGUUACUGUUGCCCAGUUUUGAAUGGUUUAGGUUUUAAAUUGAACUAUUUUUGUUUGAAAAUGUAAAGAAUUUCCUAGAAGAAAAUUUCAGAAAAUCCAAAAUUAGGUUAUUUUCACCCUAUUGCAGCUAAGUGGUCCUGGGGGAGUUUUUGAUCUCACUACUUUGGAUGGUACACCUUCAUCACUUGCUACUUUUGUGCCUCCAUGUGGUUCGGGGAGUGUUUGUUGUCAUUGUUUAGUGGAGAAUCAAAUCACUUGUUAUUGAUACAUUAACAUCAUUAGGUCUCUCAGAAGUCAUUUGCAUAUUGGGCAAGAUUUAAAAUACUAAAAUCCUUAGGUCCUAUUCAGAUUUGUGGGAAAGAAGCAAUUGCCUGCCAAAUUGGAAAACUGCCUUUCAAAUAACAGAGAGAGAGGGUGGAGGAAGAGAGGGCUGACAUUUAGGCUUUUAAACAACAAUUUACAUGGUUCUGCGUUUACUGUAACUGUUGCUUUCCCAGUGAGAAUGAUUUCACACAUGUAGGGGGUCUUACAGGUCUGGGUAAAGUUCCAUACAUUUUCACAAGAUGAUACCCAAUUUCAUUUAUCUUUUUUGUAUUGUAAAACUGGAAACUUUAUGACACUGUAAAUUAUCAGCUGGUUUUUCUGAAUAUGAAGUGUGAAAACACAGAACAGUAUUUUGAUCUAUUUGAUAAUUUUGUGGGGUUUUUGAAGAAUUAAUGAGCAUGUACAUAGAAAUAGUGACUGCUUGAAUACUGUACUUACUUGCACUCUUUCAGUACAUCGAGAUUCCUGUAUAUUUUAGAGUAUAAUAAAACACAGAUGUGAGUUGUAUUUAAUGAAUAAUGUAUUUGUAUCUGUGCAUAUGACCUAAAAAUCUAUAAAAUUUCUAGGGCAUUGACUACUAGAUUUUAAGCAUUUUUUCUAAAAUAUUUACAGAAAUUAUAAAUGUAAUCUUCCAUCUUUUCUUUAUAAUAUAAAAAAGUCAUAAAGGACCCUUCCUAAUUAUUAGUGGUAGGAAGGUGAAUAUGCAUUUUAAAGACAGCAGACUACAUUUUCUAUUGUACCUUUUGAAAAAAGAAAAAAAAAAAACUCAAGAGGAUUCUAAAAGUAUACAUAUGUGUGCUUUCUCUUUCCUUUUAGGAAUUCUCUUCUGAAUUCCCUGAGGGAAUUUUCUAGAAUCUCAGAAUUGAAAGAGACCUGAGGUUCAUCCAGUCUAACCUCUUAACAAAUGCAGGAGUCCCUUCUCCAAGGGUGAUCUUUCCACCUUGAACACUUCCAGUGACUCUACCUCACCUCGCAGUCCAUUCAGUUGUUGAGCAGCUCUAACUGUUAGCAAGGUCUUCCUUAGAUGGAGCUGAAGCCUCCCUCCCGGUCACUUCUGUAACCUGGGCCGGGUCUGUCCUCCAAGAGAACACAGAACGUUGAAAUGCUGAUCCUCGUGCCCUCUGCCAUGUCUUCUCUCUUUCAGGCUGUUUGACUCACCUGCGCUGAUUUCCAGAAGGACUCGUUAGACACGCUGUUAGAUCUUCCAUAUCUGGUGAAAUCCAAGGUGUAACUAUAAAGUAACAAUCUGUUUUUAAUUUAUCCUCACACCUAUCAGAACUUAGAUCUUGCAUCACUUUGUGUAAAUGAUGCUAUUACUGAAAAUAUUGGUGAGGUGGUUCUUUGCAUUGUUUGUCCACUAGGAAAACUAUUUCAUUGCUUUGUGAUCCCAUUUUGUGAUAGUCUGUACCCCAGCUUGAUCAACUGCUUCCUUUGGUCUGCACCUGAUGAGGGGAAGCCCAAAGUGCUGUCCCAAGUAAUAUCCGAACAGCGUAAGUCAUGUUGGAGUUAGUGCUUGGACAGUUUGAAUGAAUGAACACAGCACCACAGUAAGUUCCUUUAUAGUUACACCUUGUAUGUCGACAGCAUUCAGGCCCUGCUCUGUAGUUGUUUAUCCUUGCACAGAGCAGAAAAGCCUGUUUGCUUUUAACUUCUGCAUGAAAGACAACAUCCGAAAUACCUGAUGUGUAUUUUCAUAAUACCAGCUUCUGCUCUGCAACUACUUUGGGAGAAAUGGUGGUAACAGCAGAUGGCCUCCUUUCACGAGACACUCGACUCAAACAGUGCCAUUUAGUUCAGGAGAUCUCUACGUGUAGCUGUCAAUUAGGGGUUUAAUUUGGCUUAUAUUGGAACCUUUUAAAUGAAAUAAAGUUUUCUAAUGCAAUAAA